AUGCGGGACCUGUCCCCGUGGAUGGAACGGGUCGGGCCCCUGGGCGUGGAACUGGACGCGCGGGACGUGUCCGGCGUGAACGAAGCCGCAGCGCGGACGGCGCCGGGGCUGGCGGUGGCGCAGGAGUUCAUCCUGUCGGGCCGGUGGGACGACACGCCAGGCAUCGGGCCGGACGCCGUGCUGUCUGGGAUCGUCGGACAGACGGUUGCCGUGGAGUACGGGCCGGCCGGCAACGGGACGGGAAAGCGUCGGGUGUCGGGACGGUUCGUGUGCCUGUCCUACCGGAUCAGCAGCGCGGCCGGCGAGCCGGUGCGGUUCGAGGCCAAGUUCCGGCAGGACGGAUCGGCGGCGCUGGGAACGUGGUAA